AUGAUUGAAGGACCUAUAUUCUCUACAAAUAGCCUUUUGGCUCAAAAUGCUGCUGAAUUCCCAGUCCAAGAUCCUACUAGAACUAAUAAUGAUCCGUUACCUGAUAAACUUAAUGAAAUUUCAAAUAUCAUAUUACUUGUUGACACCACAAUCAAUGAUAAUAAAGAGAAUGUAAUCUUUCCAGACAUUCCAACUAAGGGAGAUAUUUUACAUCAUAAUUUAGUAGGAGUAAAUUAUGAACAAUCACUGCAAUACUUAUUUGAUAAUGCUCACAAAUUCUCUGACUCAUCAAACCCUUUAACUGUUACCCUUCAAUUCAAAUUAGGUCUUGAAGAUAAUGGUACUUCAAUGACUGAUUUAUUAUUAAAAUCAAACCACUUAAAUCAAUUAGGAUGUUUCAAAUUUAAAAUCUAUAUCUUCAAAAUAGUUCCCCAUCAGAAGCCUGACCCUUUCAAGAUGCCUCCAUUACAUUAUUUCAAAAAUUUAAAGUGUAUUGGAUUCAGAUUUGACACUGAUAUUAUUAUGAAUACCGAUAUUGAAUUGUAUCAUAUAUUCGAGAAGGAAAGAGAUUAUUUCUAUAAAACAGUUAAUCAUCAUAUUCCAAUUACAAUUGAGUGGUUAACUGAAGAUCUUGAAGAAUUACAUUUAGGUCUUAAAAUAAGAUUACCUAAAAAGGAUGCUAUCAAUCUCCGGUUCCCAAAGUUGACUACACUUGAAAAUCUUUUAAAAGAGUUUCUUGAAUGUAUGUCAUCAAAUGGAAUUAAGACAGUCGAAAUGCCACUUGCUUCGUACGAUCAGUCGAUAUUGAGAUGGAGACCUCCAGAUUUUCCAGACGAUCCAGUAGAUUUUGAAUUCGAAUACGAUUUUGAAGAAUCGAAAAGAUGUGCUAAAGAAUACUCAAUACAAAACCCGUUGAAGGUCAAUAAUGAUCCAUUACCUGAUAAAUUUAAUGAAAUCUCAGAUAUUGUGUUGCUUGUUGACACUACAAUCAAUGAUAAUAAAGAAAAUUUAAUCUUUCCAGACAUUCCAACUGAAGGAGAUAUCUUAUACCACAACGCAGAAGGAGUAAAUUAUGAACAAUCACUGCAGUACUUAUUUGAUAAUGUUCACAAAUUCUCUAAUUCUUCUAAGCCAUUGACAGUUACUCUUCAAUUCAAAUUAGGUCUUGAAGAUGAUGGUACUUCAAUGGAUGAUUUAUUAUUAAAAGCAAACUUCUUGAAUCAAUUAGGAUGUUUCAAAUUCAAAAUUUAUAUCUUCAAAAUAGUACCAUAUCAGAAAGAUGAUCCUUUCAAGAUGCCUCCAUUACGUUAUUUCAAAAAUUUGAACUGUAUUGGUUUCAGAUUUGAUACUGAUAUAAUUGUGAAUAGUAUUGAUUGUUCUGAUAUUACUGAAAAGGAGGAAGAGAUAUAUUAUUAUAAAAAUGCCAAUCACCACAUACCGAUUAUGAUCGGAUGGUUGUCUGAAGAUCUUGAAGAAUUACAUUUAGGUCAUAAAGUGAGAUUACCCCAAAAGAAGUUUACAGAUCUUCGAUUUCCAAAAUUGUCAUCUCUUGGAGUUGAAUGUUAUGAUGCGAUUACAAAGCAUAACUUUAAUUUUUUUAUAUUAAAUCAUAAGGAUGUUAUAAAGAAGUUGAUGCUAAGAGACGUCGAUUUCUGGAUGUUUUCUGAAUUGAAAUUAUUAGAAGAGGUUACGUUUGUUGGUUACAGUAUCAUGUUUUCUUGGAAUAUUAGACGACUUACUUCAAUUAAAAAUAUUUAUUGGUAUGGAAUUUUUAACAUUUUUGGUAGUUUUGAAGGAAAUUUAGAUUGCAGCAAUGUAUUUCAUUUUCUGAUUUUCCCACAACCAAUAAUGAAUAAAACUGAAGAAGCUGUAUGUCUUGAAGCGAUUGCAUCAAAUGGUACUCGAAGUAUUCAAAUUCCAUUUCGUUCGCAUCAUGCUUGGGUUUUGGGAUGGUCUCCUUUGAAUCUUCCUUCUACACCAGUGGACUUUCAAUUCAGAUACGACUUUUGA